AUGGACUUUGUGACGGUAGAAAGAGCAGAGCUGCCUGUAAAAGGAAUGGCAAUUUGUAGUGCAUGGUCUGAGAAGAAUCUGGCUCUGAUUACGAGUGAAAACAAGUGUCAUGCUUUCUUCAAGAACCAUUUCCUGUUUGAUUUUUCAGCAAGCAAUGCAACAGCUUUGGAUGCUUCAAGUAAGUUUAUUGUACUGGGAACCAAUACAGGAACAAUAAUACAGUAUGAUCCAGUAUUGAAGGCAAGAAAUGCAAACAAUAAGCAUAGCAAAUCAGUUACAGCAGUACACUGUUACCAGGAUACAGUCUUAUCGGCAUCUGAGGAUGGAUCGUAUUCAUUAGGCAACAAUAAGGUGGAUGUGACACCAAGUGGAAUUGUAGACGCCCUGUUGAUGCCAGAUGGAAGCGUAGUCUGUGCAUGUGGUGAUAACUCGGUUGUUGUAUCAAAAAAUAACGCAUUUACAACAUACUUGGGUCAUAAAGACAAAAUUAUAAAUCUAAGCCAUAACAAGAGCACAAUCACAUCAUCAGUAGACGGAUUCUUUGGCAUUUUAAGGAAUGAAUUGAACAUGGUAAACAUGGAGUGCUCUAAACACGAACAGAGGAACAGUUCACUGGUACUUGGAUAUGGUAUGACAAAAUUAAGGCAUUUCGAUCUGAAUAGCGGUAAGAUAAUUGAUUUAUACGAGGAGAACAACACAAUAUUAAAUAAGCCACAAAUCAACUGUGCCACAGUGGAAGGAGAUUUGAUUGCAUUUACAACAGGAAAUGGAUCAACAAUCAACUUCUUGGAUCCAAGAAGCGAUGACAAAAUGUGCUAUGAAAUAGGUCAGCCAAUUAUUGAUCUCAAGUUCUCAAAUACGUCUGAUCUGCUUUAUGUUGCAACAGAAACCAGUUCAAUAAUGUGUAAUGUGAAACGUAUAACAAUGUGA